UUCCAGUUCGUCUGAUAAACACGUGACUGUCAACACUGAGUUCCUCUUCGACAAAUGACGUGUAACGUAAUGUGGCGAAACGUGAAGGUAGAAGUAUAAACGCACAAACUACUCUUCCGUGUUUACUCCAGCAGUACGUGUUUUUGGUGGAAAUCAGUUACUUUCACUUUCGUUUUACACGGCAUGGCUGUCAAGGACAUCAACAUUCAGAUCUCCGCACAAAGCUGAUGUUCUUCCUGUCGCUUGAGAAACAUAUUUCUUCAGCAACAAAAAUAUGCUGCAGUUCAUCGUUCUUAUCAUUUUCAUUUCUCUCGUCCCUCCUAUUAAUUCCAAGGACAAAAACAAGACCUUUGUUACAGCUGAUUCCUCGUUCCCAUGGAAACUGAGAUUACCAGACACAGUAAAGCCGGUUCACUACGAUUUACUAAUACAUCCAAACCUGACUUUCCUCAAUUUUACUGGAAGAGUACAGAUUAAGUUGGAAGUACAGCAGGACACCGAGCACAUUCUUCUUCACAGCAAGAAUCUUCACAUCUCCAAAGCAGUUGUUUUGCAGUCUGGCGAUGGUCAUGUUCUUCAUGUCCAUGAGUCUGAGCCAUUUGAACAGAUUUCAUUGUCUUCUCAGAACUUUAUGUUUCUGAAAGGAGUACAUGUUAUCCAAUUAGAUUUCUCAGCUAACCUGUCCAACAGUUUUCAUGGCUUUUAUAAAGGCUCAUAUACCACACGGCAUGGUGAAAUUAGGGCUUUGGCAUCUACCCAGUUUGAGCCUACACAUGCUCGUGCUGCUUUCCCCUGCUUUGAUGAACCAGCCUUCAAAGCCAACUUUUCUAUCCGCAUACGCCGGGAACCAAGGCACAUUUCCAUUUCUAACAUGCCUAAGUUGAAAACAGUGGCGCUCACAGCAGAUUUGCUGGAGGAUCACUAUGAUGUGAGUGUGAAGAUGAGUACUUAUCUAGUGGCCUUCAUUGUUUGUGACUUUGUCUCCAUCAGUAAGAGAAGUCAGCAUGGUGUUCAGAUAUCUGUAUACACUGUUCCAGAGAAGAUUAAUCAAGCAGAAUAUGCCCUCAACACAGCAGUAACACUUCUUGACUUUUAUGAUGAUUACUUUGCCAUCCCAUAUCCACUUCCCAAACAAGAUCUUGCGGCAAUUCCAGACUUUCAGUCCGGUGCUAUGGAGAACUGGGGCUUGACCACAUAUAGAGAAUCCGGGCUCCUCUUUGACCCUGAAAGGUCUUCUACCUCUGACAAACUGGGCAUCACAAAGGUUAUUGCCCAUGAGCUUGCCCAUCAGUGGUUUGGUAACUUGGUGACAAUGCAGUGGUGGAAUGACCUGUGGUUAAAUGAGGGCUUUGCCAAGUUCAUGGAAUUUGUAUCCACCAACAUCACCUAUCCUGAGUUGCAAGUGAAUGACUACUUCUUAGAGAAGUGUUUCACUGCAAUGAGUGUGGAUUCUUUAAGCUCCUCGCACCCCAUCUCAACCUCUGUGGAAAAUCCUGCAGAGAUCCAUGAAAUGUUUGAUGAUGUAUCCUAUCAGAAGGGGGCCUGUGUUUUGAAUAUGCUGAGAGAUUUUCUGACCCCAGAAGUGUUUAAUCUUGGGAUUAUACGUUAUCUGAAGAAACACAGCUACCAGAAUACUGUUAAUGCUGAUCUCUGGUACAGUUUGACAAACAUCUGUGACUCAGAUGAUUUUGACUUUGGGACACUGAAUACAAAUGGAUUCUGCACUGAUAGCAAGUCCAGACCUUCUGCUUCUAAAUGGUAUAUGGAGGAUGACCUGAAUGUGAAGGUUAUCAUGGACACCUGGACACUGCAGGAGGGUUUUCCCAUUAUCAUUGUGAAUGUCAACGGUCGAGAGGUCAAACUAAAACAGGAAAGGUACCUUAAAGGGGCAGAUACAUCAAAGAAUUCAAGCUUCCUUUGGCAAGUCCCUUUGACCUACAUCACCAGCAGCUCCAACUCUGUCCAGCGUUUUCUGCUGAAGACUAGAAACGAUGUAUUGUACUUGCCAGCGCAAGUGGAGUGGAUCAAAUUCAAUGUGGAUAUGAGAGGUUAUUAUAUUGUGCAUUACGAAGAUCAGGGCUGGGAAGCUUUGAUCAGGCAACUUCAACACAAUCACACAGUUUUUAGUGGGAAUGACAGAGCAAGCCUCAUUCACGACAUCUUCCAGCUGGUCAAAAUUGGAAAGGUCACUCUGGAUAAGGCCCUGAGCAUGAGUCUGUACCUGAAGCAUGAGACUGAGAUCAUGCCAGUGACGCAGGGCUUCAGUGAACUCGUCCCUCUUUACAAACUCAUGGAAAAGAGAAACAUGGCAGCACUGGAGCACCAGAUGAAGGCCUACUUAGUGAACCUGUUCCAGGGACUGAUUGACACACAGACAUGGAGUGAUGAGGGCUCAGUUUCAGAGAGGAUCUUACGGAAUUACUUGCUCCUCUUUGCAUGUGUGCGCCGUUAUGCGCCCUGUGUUACCACUGCUCAGGAACUUUUCCUCAAGUGGAAGGAGUCAGGUGGCAACAUGAGGUUGCCUGCUGAUAUCCGCUUGGUUGUUUACACUGAGGGUGCUCGAACAGAAGAAGGUUGGGACUUCCUUAUGGAAUUGUACCGUUACACAAUGUAUCCCUCUGAAAAGAGUCAUAUUAAAGCAGCACUGGCCUACAGCCCACUGGCUCACAAGCUAGAGUGGCUAAUGAAGAAGGGACUAGAAGGAGAAGUCCUGAAGACCCAUGAGCUGCCAUCACUUGUCAUUAGUGUCAGUAAAAACCCAAAUGCAUAUAAACUGGCAUGGAACUUCCUACGAGCCAACUGGCAAGAACUGGUUAAGAAGUUUGAUCUUGGUUCCUCUUCGGUCUCACGUAUGGUUGUUGGAGUAACUAAUCAGUACUCGACCAAGGAGAUGCUAGAAGAGGUACGGUCUUUCUUCAGAUCACUGCAGGUAGACAUGGGUUCAGGACUGCGUAGCAUCCAGCAGGCCCUGGAGUAUAUUGAGGAGAAUAUCCGCUGGAUGAACAGGAAUAUUCCACUUCUUAAAGACUGGCUGAACAGUCACAGUGCCUGACUGAAGUCACAGAGCUGAAGUUAACAUUCUUGUUCUGCUUAUGGUGUACGUAACUAUAAGUGAAAGAACCUAGAGCACUCCACUUUUCUCUAUAGACAUUCAAAAGGUUUCUUUCUCCCAUGAAUUAUCAAACACAUUGUUUUUAAUUCCCUGUGGACUGCACUUAUAAUUUUUUUUUUUUUAAAUAUACAAAACCAGUUAGAACAAGUUGGGGUCAUGUGUUAGCAAGGUAAUUUCAGGUUUAAUUUCCGAACAAAGUUUAACUUAAUGUUAAACUGGACUAAGCCAAUUAUGCCUCAAAUGUUAGAUGUAAAUAAUAUCCCUGACAUCAAUAUCCCUGAAAUCAACCCUUUGAUAUGGUCAGCUGCCCCAUAAAGUUCUUUUUUUUCCCCUGGUGGAGUUAGUUUUGUUAAGAAAAUUAAUAAAAAAUAAUUACAAAUAAAAAGUUAUGGACUUAUUUUUUUUUAAUUAAAAGCUUCAGUAACCACAUUGUCCUGGUCAAUCCAGAGCCUGUCUCUGGAGCAUUGGACUUCAUUUAAUCAACUAUUUAAUAACGAAGUUAUUAUAAGUGUUUGUAAAAAUUCCUACCAGAUUUACAGUUUUUUGAGCAUGGUUCUCAAAGUAGGGUAAAGGAACUUCCACAGCCAGGGGGUCAAUUAUUUUUUGUUAUGAUUUUGUUAGUUGUGGAAAGUUAUUACAUUAAUUAUUGCCUUUUUUUGGUUAUUAGCUGGUUUGACUGGUUAAGUUAGAUUGGAUUAAACAAAAAUUAAACAACUCAAAAAACAAGUAGGCUUUUAAGUAAUGUUAACUUGACUGAUGACAAUUUUAAUAAAAUAUUUCAUAAAAUGCACUAUGGCUCCAAUGAAUAGCCAAGAUAUUAUUGUACACAUUUAAAUAAUGAGCAUAAUAUUUAAGCAGUGUUUGAUCAAAUUAACACAAUGUGCUAAGGGAGUCUAUGGAAUUAAUUUUAUUUUUAAAAAGGAGCUCAAUGUUUAAGAACCUCUGCCAUAAAAGGAAAACGCUUAAAGAGAGCCGAAAACAGAGACAACUAAAUGUGGGAUAAAUCUUCCAGUAAUGCAGCUUAACAUGGAAAAAAUGCUACUGAUUUUAAAAAUAUAUAUUUUUCUAUUACCUUUUGCAUUGAAAAAAAAAUUCUAUAAAAAAUACUAUUUGUUUACAGGACACACGUUUAUUUAGCUAAUAAAAAUAAGUAAAAUCCGAAAACUGAGAUAUUUGUAUAAUUACAGACACAAACAAGUCUAAAAAUCAAAAUGUUAUGAAAUUACAAAUACUUAGACCCAUGAAACACAAAGCACAAUAUGCACACUUGAGUCCCAAAUGACCAAGAAAAGAAAAAAAGUUGCCAUUUUCACCCAAAAACAAACAGAAGAACAACUAUGUAUAAAUAAGUUAACAGAACAGAUUGGUACAGCUUAUGCCAACAGGUUUAUUUAAUAAAAAAAAAAAAAAAAAAAAAAAAAAAAAGAUACAUGGUUCUUUAAAAUUCUUCACCUUCAUACACAGCUACUUUAACCACUUAUAAAGCUGAGUUUAUCACAGAAUUCAGGUUUUAAAAAAUAAUAAAAAAAGCUUAUGUAAAAAUGGACAAAUCCUCUUGAAUGAUGUGCUAUUCAUUUUAAAAAAAAAUGUCUCCCAUACUUCAUGUUUGUAUGGCAGAUAUCAGAUGGAUACAGUAGGAAAUGCAGUAGUCUGGCUUUUCAGAGUCUCUAAAAGCUUUUAUCUUGUACUGUCAUAAUCACUGACCAUUCUCUUGAUGUGGCUCAACUUGGCCUUCAGGUCCUUGCAUCUCUUCUUCUUCAUCCGGUAGUCAUUGCUCUUUUGAGACAUAAAUAAAGACAGAUUAAUCUAAAAGUCCAUUUUUACCAUCAUCCCAUCCAGAAACAUGUUGCAAUGGAUAAAUAAUAAUAAUAAUAAUAAUAAUAAUAAUAAUAAUAAUAAUAAUAAUAAUAAAAAAGCUAAAAACACAAAGCAAAAACCUCAAACCUGAAUGACAAACCCCUUCACUCGAUUUUACCACAAUUAACAGGAUUAGCAUGUUGCUCUAAAACUUCAGGUAUACAUUUGCACAGAACAAUGAGAAAACUUCCAUUUCAUUCACCCUUACCCGCUUUUUGUCCUUCAAUGCAUCGUACUCGUCCAGGGCAUCCUGUUUCAAGACAAUGACAGGUCAGCAAACAAGUAUGUGAAAUGUAUAUUUCUUGUAACUGUGCAGGUUAAUCACACUCAGGAGCAAUAAAAUAGCAAUGACUGUAGAAAGUAAUCUUCAUUCUUCAAUAUCUGAUGUGUUUAUGAACUGAGAAAUGUAUCAUUCUUAAUGUAGUACUCAGUAAAAUGAGUGAUAGGGGCCCAAACAGAAAAUCAUGUUGUUUUCUCUUACCAGGUACUGCGGAGUCCCCUCCUGAAGCUCGUCAAGCUCACGGUCAACCUCAGCUAGCCGCUUGUUAAUUUCAUCCAGCUCAGCCUGCAGACUCUUGUACACUUGGUGAUUUCGGUCAAACUCACUCUUAUAAUUCUCCCUUUCAUGAUCAUCAGCAAUGGGGGGGAAUUCGCUGAACAAAGGGAAAUACAAAACUUCCUCAAAUAUUUCUGCAGUGUGGUAAUUUAAACAAAGUUUACACUUACCAGUGCAUAAAACUUUAAAACAUUUUUCCAACAAUUAGUUCUACAAGUUGAAGAGGGGAAAAUCCUUUGUCUACUUUUAGCACAAAUCAAUUGAUUAGAUAAGCACAUUGCCGUUCCAAAACAGUGUGUCUAUACACAAAAGUGUUAGUGCAGCUUACUUUUACCCCUGUAUUUUUUUGUUGUCGAGUCACCCUGUAUUAUUCAUUUUACAGCAGGAAAAAGAAAAACACAAACAUACAGUACAAUAGGAUCCUAGACCCAGGGCUGCGUUUCAACACUGUUCUUAAAACACCCUCGUCAACUUCCUUUCAGCAUUUCCCCUUGGGGAAAUCCCAUUUGUCAUCGUGACAUCUGUUGAUGGAUUUAUCCCUCAAUUCAUGCCUAAUCAAUUAUUUGGUUAUGAUUAAUGUGACUUAGUAAACAUUCUGUAGUCUGUCAACCAGCAGGUGCUUUAUCGGAGAGAGAAAGUUAUAUCCUUUAAUAAGUUAUUUUGACCAGCGGUAUAGUGAAGAGCUUCCCUGAACGUAAGAUUUUAUCUUGAUACAUUUUGUCAGACAGCAAGACGACAAAUGAACAGAUUAAAAUGCAAAUUAAACUGAUUCGAAUUGAAAUCAAGCAGUUCAGAUGGAGAGCUUUAGGUUUUCAAAAAGUCAUUUUCUCCACCCUACAACAGGUUGUGUCUUUAGUCUUGGAGAGGGAGGAAGGUCUCAAAAAGCCUCCAGACAAACCAUCAAUGAAGCUUGUAAUUAUACAAGAAUCCUUAUGGCAUGUUUAAGGCCAUUUCAAUAGCUUACUGGCACACAAAGUUUAUUUUAUGACCUCUUCAAGACCUGAAGUUUUUUUUGCAGGCAGGGACCUCUUUCUUUACUAACAUUUUGUAUCAUAUAACAUUAUAAUAACAACUGUUAAGAUAUGUAAUUGAUUCUUUAAACCCUGGACAGCUGCCAGGGAAAGUGAGAAUCAACUGGAUGUCUUUUUCACUGUUUUUGCACACACACAGAGACCAAUCAACAAAGCCAUGUGGUGAAGUGUGACACAACUUACAAUAAAUACGACUGUCAUAAGUCAUCUUUCCCUAAACCAAUUUAGCACAGUUUCAGAAUAACAAGGAACCAUGGCAGUUAUACAGUCCCCUCUGAAAGGACUGGAAUAGCAAGGCCAAUUCUUCUUUCUUUUUUUGCUAUAUACUGGGUAUAUUUGCUAUAUACCCAGUGAACCAUUGAGGUUGGAGAUCAAAACAUAAAUAGAUCAGAAUUUCAGAUGCAAUAUCGUCAGUGACUCAAACACUGGUGGGUUGUGCUACCGUCACCCCUGCCUUGUGAAGGUUGGUGGUGAUGUCACUGACUGUCGUUUUUAGGUUUUCUGUCAUCAACUGCUUUGCCAGGUUUGGUGCUAAAGAACUCCGGUGGCCUGCACAGAGCCUUGACUUUAACCCCAAUGAACACAUUUUGGAUGAAUUGGAAUACUGAUUGAGCACCAGGCCUGAGAUCAGUGCCUGACCUCUCUAUUGCUCUUGUGGCUGAAUGAGCACAAAUCCUCACAGUCAGGUUCCAAAGUCUAAUGGAAAGCCUUCCCAGAUGAGUGGCGCUUAUUACAACAACAAAGGGGACCCAAAUCUAUAAUGGUAUGGUCAACAAGUACAUAUGGGUGUGAUUGUUCAGGUGUCCACAUACAUUUUGGAACUAGAUUGUAUGACCAAGGUCCUAAUGAGCUCCCAUACAGAUGAAUGAAAGUUUGUAGAUUGGAGUGAUUACUCCAACACUUGCAGUAAAAAGGGCUAACAUAUUGCUAGUGUGUGCUACAUGCAAUUUAAUCCCAAGCAAGUCCAAGCUGUGUUAAAGCUUACAUAAUUGAUCUUUGUUUUUAAGAUACUGAGUUUUAGAUAAAGAAGUAAAUAACUUCCUGUUUGUAUAACUUCAUAUCAUAUGGCUGGCAUCAUUUUAACCCCACAAUGAACAACAAGAAGAACUAUAAUUAUAUUAGGUUGACUGUAGUUUGUUGUGAGCUCCAACAUCAUUGCUUCAAUGAAAAAAUAAUAAAAUUGAAAGAACCCAUCUUACAGAAGCAAGCUUCUAAAGCACUGAGGGAAAUGUUAAAAAACUAGCAAUGCAGAGCAAAACUAGGAUCUAAAACACAACCCAUAGUGGCCCUAGUUUUAUCCCUUUUUCUUGACCUCAAUGUGCUCAUGCCCUAUUUGUGUUCCAUUUACUGCAGCCCAAGUAUGAGCCACGCAUGAGCUUACCUGGAGAAGUCUUCGUCGUCAAGUUCGUCUCCAGAUGAUGCAUAGUCCGUGUCGUAGUCAUUACCGUCAGUACGGCGAGGCCGUCCUGCACGUUUUUUCUUAGGUUUGCUUGCUGAGCUGCCCAUGUCUGAACUGCUGUAGUAGGGAACUGUACUCCGUACUGGAAGAUGGUGCUCCACACCC